AACUUUAUGGGACAACCCAAUAAAAACAUAAACAAUUCACAGAAAAUUUUAUAUUUUUGCAAGAAAUCUUCAUAAAUUCCUUGAAAAAAUGACCCGAGGCAGGAAGAAGAAUAAGAUUGAGGAAGUUGAGAAGCCCCGUGGCUUCGAUCGUGGUCUGGAAUUUGAGAAAAUAGUUGGAUCUCAUUUUGGGAAUGGAGAGAUUUAUUUCCUGGUAAAGUGGCAGAAUUGCACUGAAUUGGAUCUCAUGACAGCCACGGAGCUCAAUCAGAGAAUCCCCGAGCAGAUGGUUGCUUAUCAUGAGAAUCACAGCAAUAUCACAAAGCGUUUCCGGGACAGAAUGAAGAUGGAAGCAAGGGCCAGGAGUAAUAUGGAGCUCAUGGGGAAGACAAAGGCCAGCGAUACGGACUUCCGGGUGGAAGUUAAGGUUGAUCAGAGUGCCGAUGGUGGGAACAAUUUUACAAUGACCGUCAAUAAGCAGGAAGCAAAAAGCGAUGGAAUGUCCAUUGAUUGAAUUUUAUAGCUCCCAAUAAAGUUUUGUGUCCAGGAAGUUCCUGAAUUUAUUGAGCAUUUAA